AUGCCUUUUUCGUUUACACAGAGGCACACAAAACGGAAACGCAAAACUGGGGCCUACUACGCCUCACAACCACGAGGCCUGGACAAGCUCUUCGAAGGCCUACUGGAGGCACACGGCACAAGCGAGUCGGACUACUUUCCAACGACACCGCAGCCACACACACAAUCAAUGGGGCGCUGCUCCCAAAAACCCGAGAGGGACAUCAGUGUCAUGCUUCAGCGACCGGCAGCAUCAGAAACACAGCCAGUGGAGACCGAUGAACCACCGGCACCUGCGCCCCCGAGCGCUAACGGGGACACCCCACCCCCUCCACCACCUGAGCAUACCUCGAGCCUUCAACUCACCGACAGUUCGGCCCCGACUACCAAAGGGGACCUCAAACUGCUCCUCACAGACCUGCACAGGAUGAUGGAGGCAGACCGGACGCUUCUCAGAAAGGAGAUACAAGCCAACUCCGUCCGCAUACAAGUGACGGAAGACGGAGUUCAUUAG